CAAAUUGAAAGACAUUUUUCACUUCGCGUUAAUUAUUAUUAAUUCGACGAUUAUUAGAAACAAAAUCUAAUUAAAUAUUGUAAUAUUUGAUUUGAUUUAAUAAACACACAUGUGUGUGUUAGUGAUGUUUUAAAGGGGUGUGUCAGUUAUGCAAGGGGCAGCAUAGUUGAAUGCACUGCUUAAUGCAGCGAACUUGUACUUGUCAUCACUAAACUGCAGUCUUAAGCUUAGCAUUUUGAAACUGGAGCUUCGAUUUGAACGUCUUGUCAGGAAUUCAGCAGUAAAAAUGGCAGCAUCUUUGCUUAGGACUGGACGACUCGGCACGCUCAGGCGUCUGAAGACAGGGAGUUGGAGUUCUUUAAGAGUUCCUGUUGUAUUUCUGAGUUCAAAAUCUGGAGACAACAAGAAGUCCAAGUCCAACAAAGAAAAAUCAGCUGCAAAAACAUACUUCGAUAUAGAGAAACUUGUCCAGCACAAAGCGUAUGUGGAAUUCCCAAAGAAAGAUACAAAAGCUGCUCCUGCUGUAACUGCCGCUGCAUCAGCAAAAACAUCAGCCGGCAUCCUCACUGUACCUGAAGCCACUGCCCCUUCAGCCGAAUCACCUUCAGUUGAAGCCUCUGUCCCUGCAGCUAAAGCACCUGCAGUGGAAGACACUGCCCCUGAAGCUGAAACUGCAGUUAAAGCCUCUACUUUUGCAUCCGAAGCCGCUGUCCCUGCAGCUAAUGCACCUGCAGUUGGAACCGCAGCCCUUGCAGCUGAAGCACCUGCGGUUGAAGCCGUAGCCCCUGCAGCUGAAGCCACUGUCCCUACUGAAGCACCUGCAGUUGAAGCCUCUACAUGUGCAGCCGAAGCUGCUGUCCCUGCAGCUAAUGCACCUGCAGUUGAAACCGCAGCCCUUGCAGCUGAAGCACCUGCCGUUGAAGCCGUAGCCCCUGCAGCGGAAGCAUUUGCAGUUGAAGCCUCUACAUGUGCAGCUGAAGCUGCUGUCCCUGCCUCUAAUGCACCUGCAGUUGAAACUGCAGCCCUUGCAGCUGAAGCACCUGCAGUUGAAGCCGUAGCCCCCGCAGCUGAAGCACCUGCAGUUGAAUUCACAGCCCCUGCAGCGGAAGCAUUUGCAGUUGAAGCCGCAGCCCUUGCAGCUAAAGCAACUGCAGUUGAAGCCGUAGCCCCUGUAGCCGCAGCCCUUGCAGCUAAGGUACCCACAGUUGAAGCUGCAGCUGAAGCACCUACAGUUGAAGCCACAACCCCUGCAGCCCUUGCAGCUGAAGCACCUACAGUUGAAGCUGCAGUUGAAGCACCUGCAGCUGAAGCACCUGCAGCUGAAGCACCCGCAGCUGAAGCACCUGCAGUUGAAGCACCUGCAGUUGAAGCCGCAGCUGAAGCACCUGCAGUUGAAGCCGCAGCUGAAGCACCUGCAGUUGAAGCCGCAGCUGAAGCACCUGCAGUUGAAGCCGCAGCUGAAGCACCUGCAGUUGAAGCCGCAGCCCCUGCUGAAGCAUCUACAGUUAAAGCCUCUACUUUUGCAUCAUCCCCUGCUUCUGAAUCUAUCCCCACAGCUGCUGAACCUAUUGUUGAACUUACCACCUCUGAUGUCCCUGCAGCUGAAGCAUCUCCUGCUGAAGCCAUUUCUGAUGCUACUGCACCAGCUUCUGAAGCCACACCUACAGAAGAUAAAUCUGUCCAAGAAGUGGUUGUUGAAUCUGUCCCUGUUGUAGAAGCUGUCACUGAGCUUGUUGCAGAAGCUGUGGCUGAAGCUGUCCCUGCUGUAAAGGUUGAAGAGUCAGUUGCAGAUGAAGCUCCGCCUGAAGAGCUGAUAGAUUCUGCCCCUGUGAUCACGGAUGCUACAGAUGUUCCAGCUGAAGCUGUGGAGAAGCCUGAGGCUGGAUUGGAUCCCAUUCAAAAUCUUUUUCUAGAUUCAAUUCGUGCAUACAGCACACAGAGCAAGGCUACUGGUGGUCUUGUUGAUGCUGGACCUGAUUACCAGAAAGCUCUUGCUGAGGAAAUAACAAAACUACAGCGACUGUAUGGUGGCGGUGACUUGACUUCCUUCCCAGAGUUCAAAUUCCCUGAGCCUAAAUUUGAUGAGGGGUCCUCAAAGUAAACCAGUCUUUUCUGUGCCUCAGUGCAAUUAUUUAAUGUGAAACUGAAUAUUUUGUGUAUAGCUUAGCUGUGAAAUAUAUGCUUUCUGUUUGCUUUACUGCUUGUCAGGAAGUGUCUUUAAAAUAUUUGGGAACAGAGUUGAAUAAACAUGUUUUCUAUUAUUUUCAAUAAUAAUUAAAACAUAUUAUUGUGAAAUACGUUUAUGAAAAAUUGGUCUUUAAAAUGAGUGUUUUAAUGGAUUUCAGUGAUAGCUGUUUUAUUACAGGUUGGCUAUGUUUAAUGAAAUGUUUUAGUACAAAAUAAAGUAUUUAAAGGUUAUAUAAAACU